GGUUACCCCUCUAGGAUAUCAUCUCUAUCACUAUCAUUGACGGCUCACUUACCUCCCAAAACCCCCCUAUAACUUCCACUCAUAUGGCUAAGAUUUCCAAUUGUUAACUUCUACGUAAACAGCCUAAAGAUUCGGCUUCUGGGUCCUUAUCAGAUAAGAAUAAAGAAUAUGAUUGUGGGGAUUACUAGCAAUUAUUGCUAUAUUGUAAUCUUAAGCAUUGGGUUGACCAAGAUAAUUUCAUGUUGUCAUAUACUAUCAUCACUCUUCACAUGUCAUAGAGAUAUAUAUAUCUUUGCCUGGGGAGGGUUUGUCGAUGGAGUGUGAUUGUGUUCAACCUUUUUUUCCCCGAUAUCCUAUAAUGUCCAGCUGAGCUUACGCACACCUCGGUCUCGUUGAGCCCCAUUUGAAGUAGAGGCCCGUGUGAAUUCACACUGGCCUGCAAGAGAGAAGUUUGGAGGCUGGGACUUCCUACACGCUCGUUUGCAGAGAAGUUUGGAGGCCGGGACUUUAGGGAGGAGCAAACCCUUUUAAGUUUAGGAAGGAGCAAACCCUUUUAACUCCCGGUCUUAAACCACCAGCGACUUGGUGUUCAAGCUUGGUAUACAUUUGAUUAGUUUUCGCUGAGAAUUGAUCAAAACUCCUGCUUAGCUGGGGUUUUUGAUACCCUUCUGUUGGAAUACUAAUUGGGUUGAAUAACUUGAACUUGAAGAUAUUGUUGUUUGUGGAGAAAUGGGUAAACAAUUUCAGGCCUUCCUUUUUGUUAUCAUCGCUCAAAUUUUGUUUAUAGCUGGAGAAACAGAUCCUGGUGAUGUCGCUGUCCUCUUUUCUAUCAAAGCAAGCUGGCAGAACCUGCCACGUAACUGGAUUGGAUCAGAUCCUUGCGGCAGUGGUUGGGAUGGGAUUAAUUGCACCAAUUCACGUGUGACCUCUAUGAAUUUGCAAGGAAUGAACGUAAUGGGUACCGAGUUUGGAGACAUUCCAUCAUUAUCCGAGCUACAGUAUCUAGAUCUCUCAAACAACAGGGGUUUCAAAGGGACUCUUCCAUCUUCAAUUGGGAGUUUGACGAAUUUAUCAGCAUUAAUCCUGGUCGGUUGCAGUUUCUUUGGUCCAAUUCCAGAAUCUAUAGGAUCUCUACAGAACCUGGUUUAUCUAGCUUUAAACAACAACAGCUUCAACGGGCCGAUUCCCAAUUCCAUUGGUAAUCUAUCUAAGCUCUACCGGCUGGAUCUAAAUGACAACAAGCUUAGUGGAUCCAUUCCUGUUUCUAAUGCGAGCUUAUCUGGUGUCGAUAUGCUAGUUAAUACCAAGCACUUCCAUUUGGGAACAAAUCAGCUCUCUGGUCCCAUUCCACCUCGAUUUUUCAGCUCAAGUAUGACUCCGAUACACCUUGUUCUGGACAACAACCAGCUUACUGGCGGCAUCCCUUCUACGCUAGGAUAUGUGCAGACCUUACUGGUGUUACGUCUGGAUUCAAAUUUCUUGAAUGGAUCUGUCCCUAUAAACCUCAACAACCUAACAAGUCUCACACAGCUGUACUUGUCCAACAACAAUCUGAUUGGACCUGUUCCUAACCUAACUGGCAUGAACUCCCUCUACUAUGUGGAUUUAAGCAAUAACAGUUUCAGCCCAUCAGUUAUUCCUCCGUGGUUUACAAACAUAUCGGCUUUGAUGACAAUAUUGAUGGAACGCACACAACUCGAAGGAGUAAUUCCAGUCGACCUGUUCAACUCUCCUAAUUUGGUGACUGUUGUACUGAGUAACAACCAACUUAGUGGAAGCUUGAAUUUGAGCGCCAGCAAUAGCAACCAACUGGGACUCCUUGAUCUGCAAAACAAUUCCAUCACGAACCUUGAACUAGGCACAGGAAAUGAUACGGAGUUGAAACUUGCGAGUAACCCAAUUUGUGUUGGAAUUCAAGGAACAGAAAGCUACUGUGGAGUACAGAAGACAAACUCUUCAUACAUAACUUUAGCAAACAACUGUACACCUACGGUCUGCCAAUUGGGUGAAACAUUAAGCCCGCUGUGUAGAUGUGCAAUUCCGUACACAGGAACCCUACACUUCAUAUAUUUUUCCUUCUCAAACCACAACUCAAGUUACUUUUCGUAUCUGUCGGGGUUUCUGAUGAAUGCUUUUCGGGAGAAUCUACUUCCAGUUGAUUCAAUUUUGCUUAGUAAUCCGACCUUUGAUACUUACUUUUUCCGACAAUUCACUCUGAACGUCUUUCCUUCUGGCCAAGAUUAUUUCAAUAGAACAGGAAUUUCUGCAAUUGGGACCCUUCUCAACCGCCAACCUCCACAGGUCAUCAGUUAUUUUGGGCCCUUCUAUUUUACCGAUGAAAGUUAUCCUCUCUUUGGAGUAGCUACAGAAGUGAAGUCAUCAUCGAAGACUGGCAUUAUCAUUGGAGCAGCAGUUAGUAGUUCUGUGCUAGUUUUAUUACUACUCUGUGUGGGCGUUUAUGCUUUACAACAAAGGAGAAGAGUAACAAGGGCACUUGCGCACAAUACAUCUGCAUCCUUGAACCAUGAAAUGAGGAGUGACAGCUUUCCCCGUUUAAAAGGAGCAAGAUGUUUCUCAUUUGAAGAGCUUAAAAAAUGCACCGACGAUUUUUCAGAAUCCAAGCACAUUGGCUCCGGGGGCUAUGGGAAGGUUUAUAGAGGAACCCUUGACACUGGUCAAUUAGUUGCCAUCAAAAGAGCUCAGCCGGGUUCUCUGCAAGGUGCUAAUGAGUUCAAAACUGAGAUUGAGCUUCUAUCGAGGAUUCAUCACAAGAAUGUUGUCGGCCUUGCGGGCUUCUGUUACAGUAAAGGGGAACAAAUGCUGAUCUAUGAGUAUAUUCCCAACGGUACUCUCAUUGACAGCCUUUCAGGAAAAUCAGGAAUCCGUAUGGAUUGGAUGAGGAGACUUAGAGUAGCCCUUGAUGCAGCCAGAGGUCUAGCAUAUUUGCACGAGCUUGCAAACCCUCCCAUAAUACACAGGGAUGUCAAACCCUCAAAUAUCCUCCUAGAUGAUAACUUAAGUGCAAAAGUUGCCGAUUUUGGUAUAUCCAAGCCUAUCAGUGAUACUGGAAAAAGUUAUAUAACCACUGAAGUCAAGGGAACAAUGGGGUACGUGGAUCCGGAAUAUUACAUGACCCAACAACUAACCCAGAAGAGCGAUGUUUAUAGCUUUGGCAUUGUACUUUUGGAGCUGAUAACCGGAAGAAAACCAAUAGAGCGCGGAAAGAACAUUGUGUGGGAGGUCAAGGAGGCAAUGGACAAUGCAAGUGACCCGUCCGAGCUUCUUGAGAUUCUCGACCCCGCAAUGGGUUGGGGCACUUCAUUGGUAUGUUUAGAGAAGUUUCUGGACCUGGCAAUGAGUUGUGUUGGUGAGAUAAGUCGCGGCCGGCCUAAAAUGGGUGAAGUGGUGAGGGAGAUUGAGAACAUCAUUCAGGAGGCUGGUUCAAACAAAUUUGUGGUAUUCAAUCUCUCAAGCUUUGAGGCAAAAACAGACGGCUUUGAUUCUAGUGUCAGCUUUGUUCCUUUUCGUGUGGAGGGUGAUUGAGUUUCUUUUUGGUUUUAUGCUGAUUGCAAGUGGAAGAUGUAAUCAAGACAUGGGCAGGAGGGGGCUCUUCCUGAUUAAUAAGAUAUUUUCGACUCAUUUGAUCCCUUUGCCAUGUUUUUAUCUGGCUUUAAGAAGGUUUUUCUCACAAGUUGUACCGUGGGAAUCCAGACGCAAAGAGCGGUCCAACACAUGUGAUGUCUACGAUAUGUACAUGCGAUCCAAAAGCGUCGUGCGGCUCCGAUUACAUCUGUGUUCAGAUCUGUUUUCGAACAUGUGUCUUCAGCAUUUUCCUUUCCUUAUCUUUCCUUAUCACAGAGAUUUAUGUACUGUUCAAUUUAUUUAAUCCACUGUGAUACACCCAUAAAUAUACUCUGCAUAAACAAAGGUCAAAUAGUAAAUACAAGUGAAAAAAUUCGUGAUUUGUGACGCCA